GACGUUGAGCUUGGAUUUUAUGUCGCCCUUUGCAAGAGUCUCUCUUCGAUCGUUCUUCUGGCUGUCUCUCUUUCUCGCGUUCCGUUGAUCGAGAUCGAGAGACUCCUCCGGUACACGUGAAUCUGUUCUUUCAUUUUCCUCGUUUACUCGUCAUUCUGUGAUCUUCGAAGACGUGCAUGCGGACGUACGGAGUCGCAAAAGGUGCUUGUUCUCGCGUGUGCUCGACAACAGAAACUUGCGUGCUCCGCGAAACCGGCUGAGUGCGUGGAAGGAUGUAAGCUCAUGUGUCCUUGCGAUCUCGAGGGAUACUGGAAGAUGCUGUGCUCUCCUUGAGGAUGCCCGCGGUCAUGGCGAACGGAGUCUCGUGACGGAGGUUUGUGGGAGACCCUCGGCAGGCCAGUCAAGGAGAAAUAAGGGCCAUCCGACUGUUCUCGAAGAGAUCCGACUCUCACAAGCUGAUGAACUCCUCGCCUCCGACGCGUCGACUCGAUCGAAGUGCCGCCGCCGUCUCCCUUCAGGAACCUCGACCGGUCAGCGCUGCCGGGGUGGUGGGUCAGCGAAAAAUGCGAUAGGAACGGUGGGAAUACGACCGCGUGCCCUCAUUCUCCUGUUUUACCCCCUUUCUCUUUUGGAAGCGGACGACGAGGACGAAGAAGAAACGGAGCUUUAUCGGCCGAUGAGAGAGCACCAUGUGCUCGAUCGUGCCGGCCUGGCGACGGACGGCCGCCGUCCUCGGCACAAUGCUACUGCUGUCGUGGGCGGCGGGCACGGUGGGAAGCUGUCCGAGCAUGUGCGCGUGUAAAUGGAAGGGUGGGAAAGAAUGGGUGGAGUGUGCAAACCGCGGUCUCAAGGGGCUACCGCAGGGUGCCCGAGAGGAAACGCAGGUGUUCGACCUGUCGGACAAUCAUCUGGUCAGCCUGCUGCCGGAGUGUUUCCACUCCCUUGGUCUGAUCAAUCUCCAGCGGCUCUAUCUUAGCAGGUCUCACAUCAGUCGGAUCGCUGCAGAGGCGUUCGUCGGACUGGUCGGCCUGGUAGAGCUCGACCUGUCCGAGAAUCUGAUCGAGGAGGUGCCCACGGACACGUUCGCGUCUUAUCCGAGCCUGAUGAGACUCAUACUGAACGGUAAUCCGAUCAGGGAGAUUCGUCAGGGAGCAUUUCGUCGGCUGAUGCAGCUGACCAAUCUGGAGAUCAGUAAUUGCAUGGUGAAGGUUGUCGAGCAAGACGCCUUUGAAGGCCUACAUUCGCUCGAAUGGCUCCGGCUGGAUGGCAAUAAACUCGUACACGUGCCUGAUCAUACUUUACCGUUGGGCGGUAGUCUCCGAGGACUGACCUUGCACAAUAAUCCGUGGCAAUGCGACUGUCGGCUAAGAAUCAUGCAGGACUGGCUGAAGGAAUCGGCACCGGCUGCUCCACAGGAGUCCGAGCCUGUCUGCGAAUCGCCGGCGAGGUUACGCGAACGACAAAUCAAGACACUCAAGAUCAACGAACUGGCCUGCCUGCCACAUAUCGACUUUCCGGAUCACUUAGAGGUCUACGAGGGCGGGAACGUCACUCUACGCUGCGACAUACACGCGAUACCUACCGCCAAAGUCACCUGGUGGUUCAACGGCGAACCGUGCGAGCUGCAGCACGAAAACGACUCCAUGGCGAACGGCGUCUCCACGUUUCCGAGAUGCAUCUAUCGGGAGCGAGGCAGGACCAAUAUAAGCAGCACACUGUUUCUCUAUACAGUGGAGUCCUUUAAUGAGGGAACUUACAGCUGCAUCGCGGAGAAUAGCGCGGGCUCCGCGGAGGCGAAUCUUUCGCUGCGGGUGCUCUUUCGCGAAAAACCCACUGUAGAGCCGCCUUUCGAUAAUCCUGGGUCCGGCUACGUCGCGGCAAUAGCGGCCGGCGCGCUGGUGGGUACUAUCUUUGCCCUGAGCUGUCUGGUAGGCAGCGUGAUAUACUGUGCGAGGAAACGCCGUCGCGAUCGCAAAAGGAACUCCAAGGCGUUGGUGACGCAGAGCAAGUCAGUAUUACCGAUCACCAAGGACACCACCAGUGGGGUGUCCUGCCGUAAGGGUAACGGCAGCCUGAUCGGUUUGGAACAUCAGCAGGUAGUCUCCUAUACCGAACGCGAGAUGAACCGAGCAGCUACUCUCGAGCGUCGCGAACUUUCUAGAAACAACUUGGACAGAGAUGCCUAUGUAGCUAGCCCGGUCGCUAAAUACUUGACCGAGCCGGAUCUAAUCAACGAGGUGCCCGAGAGUACUGAGGUGGGCUACGGCCAGCUCUACGGACGACAUCAUCAGCGUGCUGGCACCGGCGAUCGGCAAAUUCUGGAGUACGACUCGGGCUACCCGCUGCAGCCUGACCUGAGACCGCCGCCGGUCCUGCCGCAAGUGAGCUACCUGGAUCAAGACGGCUACCCUUUAAAUUUCGGUCUGCCCAAAAUUUCCUUCACCGCUAGUACCCUGCCGAGGCUCCGGCAAAGAAUGACAGAGGGUUCGGCUGCUGCGCCUCCAGCCAGAUAUUCCCGGGAAGCGGAGUUCCUGGCGAGAUCACCAGGAUACGACCCUGUCUUGCCAAGGACCGACGCUAGGUACACCGUUGAGGGCUACCCGUAUCCGAUGCAUCCGCAUCAGCAUCAACAUCAGCAUCAACUUCAGCAGCAGCAUCAACAGCAACAUUCACAACAACAACAGCAGCAGCAGCCGCAACAACAGCAGCAGCAGCAGCAGACGAUUCAGCCAGUGGAACAACCCAUCCAGCAGCAAUUACCGGUGUCGCCGGUCUCGCCGGUCGCCGUCUUUCCGGAAGUACCCUUCAUUCCGUCACCACCGGCAGCUUACAGAGGCGAAACAACCCCGCUAUCCCCGAGAUCCCUGCUUGGCAAAACCGCGCGCGAGGCUGCAGCUGCGGCCGCCGCGCGCGCCGAGGAGCUACAACCGCCGAAUCACCCGGAAAGUCCUGAUGAAGGCUACGUGGGAGACGCUAUGGACGUUUGAAAGAUUUGUGACGACGCGGGGAGUAACUGAGUCUGAAGGGCGUACGUGGGAGACGUUCUACGUGGUGCAUGGGACCGGACAUUUUGACACAUCGUUCAAGUUUCGCGAGCCUAGCCAGGGCUUUCGACUUCUCCACAGCUCUACCUCGAAGAGAGAAAGAGGAAUUUGUCGGACCGAUAAAACCCCCUGAAAAGUAUACUGCCAUAAUUUAAGUUUUCCAAAAGUGGGGAAGUUAGUGGUCUCUUGACAACCGAGCACCGCUGAUCUUCCUCGAAGAGCUCACCAUCAUUUACUGCUUCGACCUAGCCGAAAAUGUUUCCAUCUUAGAGAGAAGGAAACAUGAACCAUAUUUGCGUGUCGCACAAAUAUCCUCGAAUUAUUACAAUCUCGUUUCAAACACGAACAAAAGGAGGAGAGAAAAUUCUCUUCUCGAACGAAACACUCAACGUCCUAGUGUGCAAACUUCAAUGCGCAUUCCUUCGACGAAACGAAACGCCAUGACUCUUUCGCGAAGAGAAAAGCCAUUUCUUCUUCUGCUCGACAUGCCGUCGCGAUAAGGGUAACGGUAUCCACGCAUUUACGUAGAAACGUCGAGAUGAUUUUUACGAUCUCCUUCCUACGUGUCAGACGUCAAGUGCGACGACCUUAACGAAGCUGCAAACGACCCGAAUUAUCACCGAGGAGGGAAUCUGUCCCCGUCACGCUGCCAGAUUAAUUCGCGGAGGAUAACAGGGUCCAGGAUGUGAUUGGCGGAACAGAGCCACCCGAGACGGCGCGAACAAAGGCGCUCGUUCUGGCGGUGGAGACGUAAUAGAUUAAUCAGAAGGCAUGUCUCUCUCGCUGCGGUGUACAGCCCACGGAAUCGGAGUCGGAGUCACUGAGAAUGGACGGACGGAUGGACGACGCAGGUGUAUGUUCUCUCGCUAAGGAGGGCGCGGGGAGGGGAGGGGAGGGGCGUGUUCCGCGGUCCCGCGCAUUCGUGGAAAAUUGACUAGGAAAAAUUUUUACGCGGAUCGCGUUUAAAUGUGCCGAGUGCUUUUUUGGACAUAAAAAUGGUGACCGGAUUUAUUUAAACGACAUGUCGCGCCCGUGAAAUACGACGACGUCUUUUGGACUCGCUCCAAGGAGAAACGUUCAGCCGUGCUGAAAAGGAACCAAGAUGGCGUGACUGAUCCUUAAAGUGAUAGAUAAAUGUUUGGCGGACUCGAUCGAGUGAAACGCGUCUCAGGGACUCCGAGAAGGUACGCUUUCAGGCGUAGCGAAUAAAGACGUGACUGGUACUCAAAACGGCUCUCCCGGCAGGAUCCGUCGAGAAAAUGUGAAAUUCAUUAAAUUUAAUUGUUCAUGUUGACUCCCCCUCCUCUUGGAGAGUUUUAAUAUGGCUGCGACGAGUCGAUAAUUGCAGGACGAAGUAAUCGAGCAGAAAGGUAUAAUUAGAGGAGGCUGUUCUUUGAGAUGCUAAGUGUGACGAAGAUUCUAAGAGAGAACGUUUGCAUCAUGAUUUCGACUGUCUUUCUCGUGUAAGCACGAUUUUCGCGUGUUUAACUUCAGGUAUAAUUUCCAACGAGAAUUAUCGUGUCGUGAAGGUGGUAAAAUUGAUUCUAUUAUUUUUUCAAUGUGUAACGUGUAAUUGAAACGACACUCGAGUCACUUUCGUCGGAUCACCUCGGUGCUGUUUAGGAACGACGACGGCGUUGAAAAUGUUAGAUCUCUCGGCACCGUAUGCGUCACGGGCCGCUCUUGUGACCCGGAAAUCUGCUCAAGCCAUUUGCGCGCUCAUCCACCGACUGCAUAUUAUUUUACUUUAGACUCGUCAAACACACGGAAUAUCGUUGAUUUCUCGAUCGAGGGCUCCUCGAUCUUGGCCGUUUCUGGCGAAGACGCGGUCUGGUAGGCGAUUCUGCUGUAGUGAUAAUAAUGUUAACUCGGUGUUUAAGACUGGCGAACUGUGCGAGAUUAGGAGGCCCGCAGUGGCGCUCGACCUGAUGUACAGAGACCGUUGAAGACGUGUACAGGGUGUUCUGAAAACAGCGUAUAUAGCGAGGAGAAGUCGAGUCCGCGAAGGAUAUUACGGAGAUGCGCAAACUUACCUCGGGGAAACGUUAAUUAGCCUCGGGGAAAUCAUUUUGGAACACGUUAGAGAGAUUAAAAUUUUAUGAAACUUGAAAUUAACCGAUCCUACGUGUUUUCUCGAACAUCCGCGGGGAUUUUAAGAGAGAAUCGCGGCUCUGCUCUCAAAUUGGCUCGUUUUAUCGUUUCGCUGUAAUCGAUACUUCAGUUCCAUUUUCGCUGGAGAAUAUUUCGCAGGUUGAUCCAUCUCUUGGGGAUUCAGUUCUUGAGAACAGUGUACGUUAUUUCCGGAAUACCUCGUAUAGUUGUAUACAUAUGCGCGUAUAUAUAAAUAUAUAAAUAAAUAUAUAUAUACACACACAACACGUACAGACAUAACACAGAUAGAUAUAUAAUAUUACAUAUGGUGCGACGAAAACACUACGAGACGAAAAUUUGUGAAAGUAGUUAUUUUUUGAAGGUGUCUUCGCGAUUCGAGAUGGCUUCGCCCUCUUGAACGACUGGCUGAUCGAGUAAGCUGACAAACAUCAGGAAUAGAUUGAUCAGUUGAAUGUUGCUUUCGCGGUGAGAAAAUACCGGUCAUCGUUCGUUUCGAUAAUACCUCACGCGUGCGUACAUAUACUGAGUGACCAUUAGGAAGAUGUUAAAAUUAAACCGUUAAGUUUCUCCCGUGUUAUUUUAGUAGAAAUUCAACUGACUAAGAUUGUAUACCUAAAAUCCGUCAAUUUUAUCUUAGCCGUAGUAGAAGCCAGCGCUCCGUCGAUGAAAGAGAGAGGACCAUUAUCAACGCUUCUAUAACAGAGAAAAGUUAUAUAGAUGAAUAUAUCGUGAGUUCUGAAGUAAAUAUGAAUCUAAGGGUCUCAAGCAAAACUACACUCAGAAAGUUCAUUUUUAAAACUUUUCUACGUUCCCCUAUUAAAAUCGCGCUGCAAUUAUGCUACGUUUAGCUGAUAUUAUUUAAGAUUCGUUCAAUAUUCUGAUAUGAUUUUGCACAAUUAUCGGUAACUUUAUUAUGUACGGUAUGUUAAUUGACCGUAUAGGUACGAUAUAGGACAACGCUUUAAAAACAUUUAUUAUUGAGUUAUCUGUCUCGCCAAAUUUGUAGCACUUUCCCGUAAUCUUUACUUUAAAUACUUAACUACUGUAUACUUAUUUCAUGCUAUUAUACGUUGCAAUAAAAUUUGCAGGUUUUUCCUACAAAUGGCAUUUAAUAAUGGCAUUAUGUUCUGUCCAUUUGCUGCAAAGUAACAGCCAUUUACUCUCAACACUUCUUAAUGGUCAUCCUCUAUAAUUGGAAGUCGAGAAUCGUGCAAAUUCGCGAAAAACGAGCUGAUGGGUUGAUGAUAAUUUAUCAUAAAAGUGCGAGGUGCGGCGCCGGACGUGACGAAAGAAUGCGCCCCGCCCCGAAGCCGUCCUGGAAGACCUUUUCAUCGUCAGAAGUACUCGGCAACGAGGAAACUGGUUUCCUUUCCGUCGCCGUAAUCACGACGCGAUUCACGGAUGAACAGUGUUUGCCUUCCAGUCUGGCGACUCGCGAGAGGAUAUAGAGCCCCGCCGUGUCCUUUAAGCUUUACCGUCGAGAUAACUCGAAAUAUAUCCUUGAAUUUCGCAUAUAACAAUAUUUCAUCUUGCUCCAGGACAACUAAUUUACUUACAUUUCGAGAAAUCUCAAGUGAAACUAGAAUGCUUCGCCGGACGGAAGAGAAAAGAUGGGAGAAAACUGUCCGUACUGUCGGUCAAUGAAAAAAUCGGUCAUUGUUAAAUUGAAUUCGGACAAUUUUCUAGCAAAUUAAUAAAAUGAAAUUUAAGAGAAAAAGACAGAGAGGAGGAGUCGAAUAACAUGUCGAAAUUAAAAUCGUUAUUUUUAAAUAAGCGAGUGCAAAAGCGUUUAUCUUUUUUUUUGUUGAGAGUGAAGAGCCAGGUUAUUUUAUUGGAAGCGCGCAUCUAUAAUAACAGAGAUUCACUUAAAUUUUAAUUUAUCACGUACGAGAUAUCUUCAUUUGCUAAUUUUCGAAAUUCUAUAUAUCGAAUUUUAGGAACGAACGCGAUUUCGCGCAGUGACAAAAUUCUGCAAAGAGAACAGUUCCGCGCUCGCCGUUUCAUUUAAUUAGAACUUUUUAAACGAGCUUGCUAACGAGGAUAACUUCGACGCGCGCGUAGUUAAUUUCGUGAAUUUCAAUUAAUCUGCCGUGAAUGCGCAGGCCAUUAGGCUCGUAUUUUUGACAAAAAUCUGGCGAAAAUGCGGCGACCGCAUUAGAUCAUUGUGAACGUUUAAUCGAAUUCGAGUUCGGUAAAAAUUGUUGGAGCUCUCCUCGAAGUUGCGCGUUUUGAGAAAAAAAGGAACUGUGUUAUAUCACAUUAUCUAUUUUCUAACUUUCUCCGCGCUUAUCUGCAACUCGGAAAAGCAAGGAAAGAUAUUAAAUAUCAGCCAGGCAUUUAAGCAUGUCAUUUCAAGCGUCGCGAAACGUUUCGGAAAUUAACUAAUUAGAGAACGCGCACCAUUAAAUCGCCAUUUCCUUAAAGAAUCCUCUUCCUAAAGAGCUUCCUUAAAGGACCCCGCCUAUGGUUUGAAUAAAUAACAUCGUUAAAUUGAGUUCAAUUCCGCAGCAAAAUUUAAUGCAUUUUCCUUGAGGAGAGCUUUUUAAAGAUAAUUAUUUAAUACCUCAGAGAAAUUAGAAACGAACGAUUUCAUGCAUCGAGGUAUGCUGAGGAAGAUUAAUUUUUUCGAGGUCGCACUAUAAAAGAGAAUUUCAUAAACCUCUCUAAUUUCUUCAUGCAUAUUUAUUCACAUCUGACUGAUUUAUUCACAUCUG